AUGCUGAACCCUGAACUCUCAGCGCCCCAUCAAGAGGAUAGUCCCCUCGCCAGGGGGCAAGGACCACCGGCCAACUCCGGAGCCGAGUCAGGCGAGGUGCCAGAGGAGGACUCCAGGGAUAGCUCUGCUCAGGCUCCUGCAGUCCUAAGCUUGGGCCCACCGCCCCUGGACACCAAGCAGACCUCCAGCUGGCCUGGACUCCAGCCCCUCCUACAGCAGCUCCCGCCACAGGACACUGACGAGCGUUAUUGCCUGGCCCUUGGGGAAGAGGAGCUGGCUGAGCUGCGGCUUUUCUCUGCCCAGCGGAAGCAGAAGGCCUUGGGACAAGGGGUGGCCUGCCUGCUGUCUCCUGAACUUGAAGGACACACCUGUGAGAAGUGCAGGGAGCAGCUGAAGCCAGGAGAGUAUGGAGUGUUUGCAGUCCGGGCAGGCAGGCAGCGCUGCUGGCAUCCGCCUUGCUUUGCCUGCCAGACCUGCGGCCAGGCCUUGAUAAACCUCAUCUACUUCUACCACGAUGGGCAUGUCUACUGUGGGCGUCACCAUGCUGAGCUGCUGCGGCCCCGCUGCCCAGCGUGUGACCAGCUCAUCUUCUCCCGGCACUGCACCGAGGCAGAGGGGCAGCGCUGGCACGAGAACCACUUCUGCUGCCAGGACUGCGCCGGGCCCCUGGGCGGGGGCCGCUAUGCCCUCCCGGGGGGCAGCCCCUGCUGUCCCAGCUGCUUCGCCAGCCGCUACUCGGACGCAGCCCCGAGCCCGGCGGGGCCCCUGGAAGGGCGAGUGUCCCUAGGUGAGGGAAGAGAAGGUACAGACCAAACCGGGAGGGGGCGUCUGACCCCGCCAGGACCUGCGGGGACGGGAACCCGCGGCCGCGCCUCGGAGGACGCCACCGGCUCCCGAGCGGCUGCAACGCAGGGCGUGCGGGAGCCCGACCCCGCGGCGGAGCCCCGCGACCCCGCCGAGGGCGCCCCCUGCCCCACCUGCUCCUCCUCCUCCUCCUCCUCCGACUCGGAACCCGAAGGCUUUUUCUUCGGCCAGCGUCUGCCCGGGCCGGGGCCGACCCCGGGCCGCCGGCGGGCGGAGGACGGCGACCCCUCUCGGAAGCGCUGCGCCGUGUGCUAGCGG